AUAUUGUAAAGAAAAUAUCAACCCUUUUCAUUUCAUUAAAUAAUUAAAAUUUUUGGGGGUGGAAAUUGCAAAGAGAAGAAUUGUGAGCGGAAGAAGAAAAAAACCCACAAAAGAAAAGGGAAGAGAACAUGUUUCUGGUAACCUCUCCAAGUGGAGCUUUGUCCGUUAGAAAAUUUACACUCAAAUUCACAGCUCCAAUUCAAUCCGUCUAUUCCAAUUCUGCUACCCAUCGAAGACCCAAAUUCAUUACUUCAAGGAAUUGUCGGAAACCACUUCAUCUCACUCUCGCCAAGGCUGAGGGAGGCCUAGACUCUGCCUCUGCUCCUAGACAAUCUUCCCCUACGCCGCCUCCGUUCAACAAUGACGACACCGUUUUUGUUGGUCAAGAAGAUGUCCCUUUGGAAGGCGUUAUCCAGUUUGAAAAACCCAGCUCCUCUUCUCGUCUUAUCAAAUGGGGUCGAGUGGCUUUGCUUGCUGGUGGGGAUGUGUUAGCUUUGGUUUUAUUUUCUGCAAUUGGAAGAUACAAUCAUGGCCUCCAUAUCUUUGCAAUGGAUACUCUACGUACAGCUGACCCUUUCAUGGCUGGAUGGUUUUUGAGUGCAUACUUCGUUGGUGGCUAUGGUGAGGAUGGGCGAGGAGCCAACGGUCUAUCCAAAGCCAUUAUUGCUGCUGCCAAAUCUUGGGGUUUGGGAAUUCCAUUGGGAUUGAUUAUACGAGCUGCAACAUCAGGCCAUAUUCCGCCAUAUACCUUUGUCUUAGUAACAAUGGGAAGCACUUCUGUUUUGCUUAUUGGGUGGAGAGCGCUAUUGAUAAGCAUUUUACCUGAUGAAACAAAAAAGAAGAAUGAAGUAUACCGACGCGGCAGCCCGUUUGAACUGUUUGAGUUGCUUACAUCAUUGGUGCGGAGAUGGUAAUACACAACAUCUGCCAUGAGGUAAGAGCACUUAUUAUUUUUUGAUUUCCAAACUCCGAGGUUGUUGCAUGGUGAUACACCACUGUGAAUAUUAUGUUUAUGUGGUAAUUAGCAUUAAAAAUGUAAUGAUCCUUUUUCUAGAGGGUGUACUAACUCUUUCUGGAACUGCUACCAUGAACCUAAAUUCUUAUUUGUGAAUUGAUGAGAGAGAGAGAGAGAGAGAGAGCCACGGGUGAAUACAAACAACUAGCCUCUUUAUGCAUAAUUUUUGAACCUCUAAGAGUAAAAGCUUAGGGUCAUUGGUUUAGUUGUUUUGUUGUGCAAUGCAGCUACGGUGUUAACCUAUGAGGUGAUAUGACGUUUUUCACCCUUCUGCUUUUCCAUUUACUUCUCUGACAGAAGCUUGUGAUUGGCCUGAGUUGCAUAUUGUGAUUGCCUUCUGGGCCCAAUCACAGAGAAGGCAAUCACAGGAACUGAAGUUGAUUUCAUUUACUUUCAUAACGAAUUUCAAUCGAAUUAGAUUUACUGUAAAUUCCUCUUUAUCGUAAAAUUGGUUUCUUGAGUAUUUUUCACUGUCCGCGACGCUGAUGCUGGUAGAGUUGUCCUGGAAUUUUUUAUUGUUAUACUAGAAUGCAAUGAUACAGUAGGAUAUGCAAUGAAAUUUUGCUUAAUGCCCAACACUGUUGC